UGUUGAAUUGAGAACCCUACAAGAAAAAUGAAAUCAAGCAUGUGUGAUGUUGAACUACACUUUUCUGUUGACGGUACAGAGACGGUUGAACCGGUUCCAGAGUGCCUAAAAGAUGUAUUCCUCACAGGCAAGGCUGAUGGAUUUAAUACAAAAAUUCAGAACAAUGUUACGCUACCAAAACGUUAUGCGAAGUCGUUGUCAGUGCCAUCUGCACCUGAAGGGACAUCAACAGAGUCUGGAAAAGCAGACGACAAUUAUAACCGUGCUCGCGACAUGCGUACAGCUAUAGAAUGGAUAAAGCAAGAAAUUGUAAUCAUGAAAGAACAAGAUCGCGCGCUUUGUAGACUUUUUGUGUCUCUACGCUCAAGUAUUCUACAACUGCAAUGCCAGUGUGAUCUUCACAGCUCGACCUCUGAUUUGAGCACGGAUACCCUUGACAACAGCUCCUUCUCCUUGGAUGAGCGGAGAGACAGCCCAUGUUCGAGCCCCGGUGGCUUUAUGGCCAGUCCGGUCCUUGACCUAACCGAAUUUAGGUCAAGGAAAUCAUCAUUAUUGUUAACCCAAGAAUGUCGAUGUGCGCCGAUAUUGAGAAUUAAGUGGAAAAGUGACGACUACUUAUGAAAUAGGAUAGAAACCCAGUGACUGCUGAAUCAAAAGAAACAGUGCAUGCUAUAGGCUACACUUAAGCCUAAAGCAUAAAGAAACUGGCAUAGUCCAAAAUAUGAAUUUGUUGGUGCUUGUACACAAGCCAUGUAUGUAUUCAAGUUCAUUAUGAUAAAUAACAACGAGAUAAAGUUGCAAAGAAUCACGUAAUGCAAACGCGAGUUUUGUUUUGAGGAAAAUAUAGAAACACAAAGACAACAUACUCAGAUGUAAAUAUAAGACAAGUGUCUGUAAUAUACAGCUUACGUAAAUCGCUAUUUGUUGCAGACAAACAAAACAUGUCAAUACAUGCCUGAGUAAGAAAUAGCUGUAAGUGACAACCUCAUUCCUCAAAUUGUUCGGAUUAUAGUUAUUCCCCAGAAAGUUGACCACAAGCAUGUGAAUGUUGCUAUGUACAUU